AUGUUUGGAGAAAUCCGGGAUCGUCUCUUCCGGUUCCAGAAGCACAGUCGGAACACCCGAAACGAGUUCUUCGGGACACAUCCAUCUCUACCAGAAGACAUACUUGACCCGCCUGCUGCUGGUCGAUCGUCGCGCCCAACGGAGUCGCUAAUCGAUCCACCACCCACCACGACGCCGUCUUCUCGAUCUGUGGUCAUAAAACCGUCCGAAACUGCGAAUCAGGAUAUAUCACUACUCGAAAAGAGUGUAGAUCAUUCCCAUCCGCACAAGGACCAUCCAAUUCAUCACCCGACCCCACCUCGCUCCUUUUUCUCUUCGUCAUCUUUAGCUGUCCAUCCGAACGUCGAAACAGCUCACAGCUCAUCAGAAGAAGAUCUAAGAAUGCCUAACAUCAAAGUCUUCUCCGGAUCAUCACAUCCCGAUCUCUCGACCAGAAUCUGCGAACGUCUUCAAUUAGAAGUCUCCAAAGCCUCAUUGAAGAAGUUCUCCAACAAGGAAACUAAUGUGGAAAUUGGCGAAUCGGUCCGCGGAGAAGAUGUUUAUAUCAUCCAAUCAGCUGCUGGAGAGAUCAACGACAAUCUUAUGGAACUCUUGAUCAUGAUCAACGCUUGUAAAAUUGCCUCGUCGUGCCGCGUUGCUGCCGUCAUCCCCGCGUUCCCAUACGCCAGACAAGAUAAGAAGGACAAGUCGAGAGCCCCAAUCUCUGCCAAGUUGGUGGCAAACAUGCUCUCGGUUGCCGGUGCCGACCACAUCAUCACCAUGGAUCUUCAUGCCUCGCAAAUCCAAGGGUUCUUCGAUAUCCCAGUCGACAACUUGUACGCCGAACCAGCUAUCUUGAAAUACAUCAAAGAAUCUAUUCCCAACUGGCAAUCGUCGGUUAUCGUUUCUCCAGACGCCGGAGGUGCCAAAAGAGUCACCUCGAUUGCUGAUCGCCUCAACGUCGACUUCGCUCUGAUUCACAAGGAGCGCAAGCGCGCGAACGAAGUCGAAAAGAUGACUUUGGUUGGAUCGGUCGAAGGAAAGGUGGCAAUUCUAGUCGACGAUAUGGCAGACACGUGUGGAACCAUUUGCAUGGCAGCUGACAAAUUGGUGGAAGCGGGAGCAGAGAAGGUUUACGCCUUCUGCGUUCAUGGAAUUUUUUCUGGACCGGCUCUCACUCGUCUCAACGCUUCCAAGUUCGAGGCUGUUGUGGUAACGAACACUAUCCCACAAGAUGAGAACAUGAAGAAGUGUCCAAAGAUCCAGUGCAUCGAUAUCUCCAUGAUCCUCGCCGAAGCCAUCCGCCGCACACACAACGGAGAGUCUGUGUCGUAUCUCUUCUCACAUGUUCCGAUAUGCUAA